CGAUCCCAAAGACCAAAAACAGUAGGCACAAAUUGAUCCGAAAAGAGCGCGCGCAACGCUGGCCGUCCGAUCAUUCCGUAGACCGUCAAUUCAAAUCCCCAAUGGGAGGUCGUUGCUCCAAAUUCUCCCCCUGCUGCUUCCCGCCACCGCCGCGCCUCCGGCCGCCCUCCGCGCCUCCGUCGUCCUCCGAUCUCCGCCCAGAGAACGGGGGCGAAGGCGAGCGGGAAUCAUGCCCGAGCUUCAGCUUCACCGAGUUCCGCCUCGAGCAGCUCGAAGCCGCGACGUCCGGAUUCUCUCCGGAGAACGUCGUGCGGGACGCCGACCGCGGGGUGCUCGGGGUGCCGGGCGACGUGGUCUACAGAGGCGAGCUCGAGGACGGCCGCUCGGUCGCCGUCAAGCGCUGCGAGAGGGGCGCGUGGCCCGAUCCUCAGGGUUUCCUCGAGGAGGCGAAAUCGGUGGGGAGCUUGAGGAGCGAGCGCCUGGCGAAUCUGAUAGGAUGCUGCUGCGAGGGCGAUGAGAGAUUGCUGGUGGCUGAGUUCAUGCCCAAUGAGACGCUUGCCAGGCAUCUUUUUCUCCGGAAGACCCCACCGAUGAAAUGGGCAAUGAGACUGCGGGUAGCCUAUUAUUUGGCACAAGCAUUAGAGUAUUGUAGCAGCAAAGGGAAGCCAUUGUACCAUGAUUUGCAUGCGUACAGGGUUUUGUUUGAUCAGGAUGGCAAUCCCAGGUUGUCCUGUUUCGGCCUUGUGAAGAACAAUGUAGAUUGGAGGAGCUACCGCACUAAAUUAGCUUUUCCAUCCCCUGAAUAUUUCAGAACAGGUACGAUGAGUGCAACAAGUGCGAUUUACAGUUUUGGUACCAUGUUGCUCGAUCUACUUUGUGGCAAAAACAUUCCGCCCGCACAUGCGCUUGACCAAAUACGAAGCAAGAACUUCUUGAUGUUAAUGGAUUCUGCUUUGGAGGGUCAAUUUUCGAGCGCAGAUGCUAUUGAGUUGUUUCGCUUAGCUUCCCGUUGUUUGCAGGAUGAAGUUCGUGAGAGGCCAAAUGCCAAGUCACUUGUUACAAUUCUGAGAUCACUACAGAAAGAAGCAGAGGUACCGUCACAUGUUCUGCUGGGUGUCAAAGAGGAAGUCUCCAUAACAGAAGCACUUGUUCGAACACCCUUAGGACAAGCUUGUUCUAGAAUGGAUCUCACUGCCAUUCAUGAGAUCCUGGAGACGAAUGGAUACGAGGAUGACGAGGGAAUUGGCACUGAGUUAUCCUUCCAGAUGUGGACUAAGCAAUUGCAGGAGAUCUUGAAUUCUAAGACGCGUGGAGAUGCUUGUUUUAAAGCUAAAGAAUUUGCAGCUGCCAUCGAUUGCUAUACACAAUUCAUCGAGGGCGGUUUGCUGGCGUCGCCUACGGUCUACGUGAGACGGUGUUUCUCGUACGUGAUGAAUGACAUGCCAAGAGAAGCUCUUGGCGAUGCUGUGCAAGCCCUGGUGAUUUUCCCUGAUUGGCCAACGGCUUUGUACCUUCAAGCUGCCUGCCUGUUGAGGCUUGGCUCAGAAGAUCAAGCCAACCAGUGUCUUAGAGAUGGUGCAAGUUUAGAAGCUAAAACAAAUAGACAUUGAAGAAGCAUAUGUUUAUCAUUUGUUUUGUUAGUGCUUAUUUUGUGUUUUCUUCUUUGUCUAAAGUCGCAUCAAUCGAAGUCAUUGUCAAGUCAGUUGUCUGAGGAAGAUGGUAGGCUUCAUCCAAUUCAUAUUGUGAUCUCUUAUGUUAUCCAUAAUGUUUCAUCAACUAGUCGAUGAUGAAUGACAAACUCGGAAAAUGAUACAAAAUGCUACUACUGCUUCUAGUUA